AUGACAGACAAUAACAACAGUAACUCUGGCAACAACAGACAAGGGGAAGAAUUGGGCAACUUGCUUGCCACACAACCACCACCACCACCACCGGCGGCACCUAUGCCUGCGCCUGCGCCUGCGGCGGCUCCUACACCCGCUCCUACUCCCUCAUUGCCGUCUUCCUCUGUUACUACUCCUCCAUCCAACGAGAGCGUGAGCCAGUCCACAGCAAAGACGCCGUCACCCGCUCCAACUACGUCAACGGCAGCGCCAGCAACGCCAUUGCGCGAAGAUCUCUUAAAGUCGGCCGUCUCGUUUCUCUCUUCUCCCAACGUCCGUUCGGCAGAAAAGUCGAAAAAGGUGGCAUUCCUCCAAAAGAAAGGUUUGAAUCAAGAAGAAAUCAGCGAAGCUUUCAAGCGAGUAGGCGACAGUGCACCGGCAGGAUCUGUCUUGCAGGUUUCAGCGCCAGUUGUUGCAGCGAAUCCUACAGCUCCGCCACCUCGACCCGCGAUGCCGUAUGUCCAGCAACCCGCAGCGCCUCCUCAGGUCGUCUACUAUCCUAUGCCGCCAGCGCCUACGGUGCCCACACAACAAGUGAUGGCCAUGGCAGUGAUUUUGGGUGUGGGCGCAGUAGGUGUCACAGCAGGUCUGGUUGGCAUCGUCAAGCGCUUCAUAUCUCCGAUUUUCAAUUCCAUUGCUGGAUAUCAACGAGAUCGGUACAAUGAUCACCGAGCCAUUGCGGAAAAGAUGGAAAAAGUGUUGAGGGGCAAAAAGGAGGACGGCGAGUCGGCGGAAGAAGAAAAAGAAGAUGGCUUAACGACGUUGGCAGCACAACAGAAAGCCAUGAUGGAAUCAUUGAAUAAGUUGGUGAACCAAGCAAAGAGCCGGGUGAUCAAGAACAAGUGCCAUGAAGGUUUACGUGACAGUGUGGAGGAGCUCCGAAGGGUGAUUUCCAAGCCGGACAACAUGUUUAGCUACUCCUCCUACACCAGUUAUGGAUCCAACGGGGAAGCUCCACCAAGCGUGCAAAGCUUCAAAAGCGACAUUCGUAGUCUGAAAGGAGCGUUGUUGAAUCGUCGAAAUUUCCCCAGCACUGUAGCCGGCACAGUCACCGCACAAUAA